CCUCAUUAGCGGUCUGCGAUGGGGCUAGGAGCGGACGGAGGGUUAGUCCCGCUCCGGCUGGGCUAUGAGCGGCGCUGAGCCGUGAGCCAUGCACUCCGGGAACAGCACGGGCGUGACGAGCCGCCCGGAGCCCGCGGCGGCGGAGCAGGAGGCGCCGGGCGAGCGGCCCCUCUUCAGCGCCGGCACCUACGAGCUGCUGGCGCUUCUCGUCGCCACGAUCGGCAUGCUGGGCUUGUGCAACAACUUGCUGGUGCUGGUGCUCUACUACAAGUUCAAGCGGCUCCGCACGCCUACCAACCUCUUCCUCGUCAACAUCAGCCUCAGCGACCUGCUGGUGUCCGUCUUCGGCGUGAGCCUUACCUUCAUGUCCUGCCUGAGGAGCCGCUGGGUGUGGGACGCCGCCGGCUGCGUCUGGGAUGGCUUCAGCAACAGCCUCUUCGGAAUUGUUUCAAUUAUGACUCUCACUGUUCUUGCCUAUGAGCGCUACAUUCGAGUAGUCCAUGCAAAAGUGAUUGACUUCUCUUGGUCUUGGCGGGCUAUCACGUACAUCUGGCUAUACUCAUUAGCCUGGACUGGAGCACCUCUUUUGGGCUGGAACAGAUACACACUGGAAAUUCAUGGAUUAGGUUGCUCAGUGGACUGGAAGUCAAAAGACCCCAAUGAUACCUCCUUUGUGCUCCUUUUUUUCCUUGGCUGUCUAGUAGCACCUGUUGGGAUCAUGGCCUAUUGCUAUGGCCAUAUUCUAUAUGCAGUAAGAAUGCUUCGCUGCGUGGAAGAUUUCCAGACUGUGCAAGUGAUCAAACUUCUAAAAUAUGAAAAGAAGGUGGCUAAAAUGUGUUUCUUGAUGAUCUCCACAUUUCUUAUUUGUUGGAUGCCCUAUGCAGUGGUCUCCCUCCUGGUAACAUAUGGCUAUAGCAAUCUUGUAACUCCAACUGUAGCUAUCAUCCCAUCUUUCUUUGCCAAGUCAAGCACUGCUUAUAAUCCAGUCAUCUAUAUCUUCAUGAGUAGAAAGUUUCGACGAUGCCUUUUGCAACUCCUGUGCUUUCGCCUGAUGAAAUUCCAGAGGACCGUGAAAGAGACACCGGCAACAGGGAAUGACAAACCAAUACGACCAAUAGUUGUGUCUCAGAAAGCAGGGGACAGGCCAAAGAAGAAAGUGACUUUCAGCUCUUCCUCUAUCAUUUUUAUUAUCACCAGUGAUGACACUCAGCAAAGAGAUGAGAACAGUAAACACAAUGGGGCAAAAGUAAAUGUCAUCCAAGUAAAGCCAAUAUAGGGAUGAGCUAGAGAGAUGUGAGAACAUGAUGGACCUCAGCCGGUAGAUUGUUUAGGUUGGAGACCGGUUUCAGUGGCACUGUACGUGGACUGCCGAAGGAAACCACAUUCUUAAGCUGUGAAAUACUGAAGGGAUUCUGCAUCUGAAGCUCUGCAGGGCAGUUCAGUUUUGGUCACAGUACUGAAAUCUCUGCAUCUGUGCCAAAAUUGCUGGUGGAUGUCUUUACUCUGAAUUUUCUUAAAGCAUGUUGUAGGACUGCCGUUUAGGAGAACUUGGUCAGGCUGGAGGAAUGCACUGACAGAAAUGUUACGAAGUUCAGCAAGGGCAAGUGCAAAGUCCUGUGCUUGGGGAGGAAAACAAUGCUGCAGCACAGCAGGCCGGGCCCUGGCUGCCUGGGAUGCAGCUCUCUGGAAAAGGAUGUGCAGCCCUGUUGUUCAAUGAGCAGGGCAUGAGCCUGCAGUGUGCCCUGGCAGCAAGGAAGGGCACCAGCAUCCCAGGCUCUACUGACAGGAUCAGAGCCAGUAGUCUGAAGUGAUUAUGCCCUCGACUCAUCCCUCAUUAGACCACAUCUAGAUACUGCAUCCAGUUUUUGGGACCCCAAUACAAGAAAGGCAUCUGUAAACUGGGGUGAGUUCAGUGGAGUCCCCCAAGAUUGCCAGGGGUGGUAGUACUUGGCCUGUGAGGGGAGGCUGGGGGAGCUGCACUUGACCAGCUUGGAGGUGAAGCAUCUUCAGGGGAACCUAAUAGCAGCCUUCCAGUAGAGAUGGGGAGGUUUUCAACAAGACGGAGCCAGGUUCUUCAGGGUGAUUCAUAAUGGAAGGAUCACAGACAACGAGCAUGAUCUGAAACGAGAGAUUUGGAUGGGAUAUAAGGAAAAGCUUUUGCACCCCAAGGGCAGCCAAGCAGUGCAACAAGUCAGAAUAGAGAUUUCCUGAGGUUCCUUUCAGCUUCAGUUUUUCUGUGAUCCCUGAACUGCCAGCAUUCCCAGCGUGCAGAGUAAUCGGGGAAGAAGGAGGAAUGUUUGAAGUUGGCUGCAGUUUAGUUGGUCUGAAUUGGUGCUUUGCAGGGUGGGAGGUGGGAAAAGUGGUGUUGAUAAUGACUGGGAUUAUGGUUAAACCAGAAGCCCCCAUAAAGCUGUCCCUGUGUACUCAGCAAGCCAUUCUCUUGGUGCUACCUGGUGGGACCCCUGAGCUACAUAGUGAAGAAUAUCAUGCAAAUCAAAGCACCAAUGAAAAAAGGUCAGUGAAAAGGGAGAAUUGGAAUUUUUUUGUUUGUUUGUUUGGAUAUGUGCUUUAUGCAUCUUUAUCUUGCAUCCAUUUAUUCUGUACAUGGACCGGGAACAUCAUCCUUAUUAAUCCUGAGCCUGCUCUGGCACUCUGGUGAAAGUAAUAGUUAGAAAAGAGCAGGGUAAUUUUUGCAUAAGUUGCAGUGUGAGUAAUGAUUGUCUGUCCUGGAGCUCAGUAAACAGAACAGAUAGAGAUUUUUAUUUUUUUUCCCUUCAUCUUUGUAAGUUUUGCUGGUACAAAGUGGUGACAGGAUUCUGCCCCAGACAUGGCUUCCUGUCAGCAUUGGGUGAGCAAGUUAGAGAACUAAUUUUGAAUUAUGGCAGCUGGUUCUCUACCACAUCUGUUGCACCAGUAUAAUUUCUCUGCCUCAGUCUGCUAAAUGAGCAGUGUGGAUCUGCAACAUGCAGCUUUUCCAUCUCUGAGAAAGCUGUAAAAAAAGCAAUUAGGAAACUACUUGUUUCCUCUGGGGACAAAUCUUCUGAGAGGUAUGAAGGAAACAUGCUGAAUAACUGUUGGCACUGUAGCUAUUGGUCCUGCAGUCAAGAACAAAACUUCAGAAAUAAAUAGAAAAAAUCAGGGUCUAAGCGUAGAAGCUUUCAGCUAGUUCCUGGGAGUAGGGAGUGACCAACUCGGAACAAGUGACUGACUUUGUGCUUGUGCCCAUGCUUUUGAAGAGGCAAAUUCCUUACAUGUGCACCCCUCUAGAGCUUUAGCACUGGUAAACUGGCUCUGUGUCAUGUUUAAAAGUGCAUCUGGAGUCCACUCUGGUUUCUAGAUUAAAUCACAUAAUCUGAGAGAAAACAGAUGAUAAAUACUUGUCUUUGUUUCUUUCAUAUUUGUUAUUUUUUGUUUUGCUACAAAAGCAUAGAUAAGUUGUCUUACCAUGUCAAAGAUCUGCCCUUACUAAAGCGUGUUCAUUGCAAUGUCAAGAACUACGUUUUCAGCCAGUGAUCACUACAUCUAUGCACAUUUAUAUUUACAAAGGGAGAAAGAUGUAUAUUAGCAUUCCAUGUAAUGAUUCCAUCCUUUUAACAAAAUGUUUGGCAUUUUAGUGUUUUCUGUAUGUUAAGCCUUCAGUGAGUGAUUAAAUGAACUUUAUUUAUA